GUUGAAUUCUGCGCCUUUCAUGGCAACGAAACCUAUACACUUCCCUCUCAACUGCAACCUCUUGGCCGCAACUCCCGCUGUGUGGAGCGUCCCGUUUCUGUCUCCGCACUCAAUCUGGAGGUUCCUCCUGUCUCCACAAGCUUCUUCCCGUGUCUCCUGCCUCUUUCGAGGGGAGGCAGUUUCACUUGCAUGCUUCCCAACUUCUCUCCAUCGUGUUUUCGCUCCUUUCGAUCUCUGAACUCCGUCUCCCGCCUCGUCCUCGCCGGAACACAUUCGCCUUACUCUUCAGGAGCUCUCCAAUAUAGCCUCUUAUAGAAACUGUCUUCAUUCCCUCUGGCUUCCUCCCUUUCUCUAAAGGCUAUCCGGAUCGUCUUCUCCGUUCUCGCCUGCGCGCGUGCAGUGCCCUGACUUCUGAUCGAGACUCUGAAUCUCCCGUUUCCUGCUUCUUCACCUUUGUCUCUUCGGGAGGUGGACCUUUGUUUCACAGAAACUAGUUUUUUCGUUGACCACAAGCGUCUGUCGAAAGCCCUCCUGGUCUUCCUUUCUCUCCAUCUCCUCGUCGUCUUCUCCCUCUUUCUCUUUGUCCUCGUCUCUUCCGCUUCCGCGGUGGCGCUUUCUGCCUCUCAGCGCACUGUCAACGCCUGAAAAACGACACUUUUGUGGAGGAAAGUUUUCCUUCUUCUGCUUCCCUGUCGGUUUCUCUGUGUGAGGGUCGUCAACCCUGUGCAACGGAGUCUGAGGACGCAGCACCCACCAGACUGAAGAGCUGGAGCUGGGGCGUUCCCGUCCACGUUAGAAAACACUGUUUCUCCGCAUGCUUUGUUUGGGGUAGACGCAUCUCCUGGAAGCUACUAUGUAUGCCAAAGUCGACAGAUAAGAAAGCUCGCGUCCUCGUCUCCCCUCGUCAGCGGGUGGAUGGGGUGCACACACUCGAGAGGCCUCGCGGGGGCCUCUCGUCCGACGAACCUCCCGCUUUCUCACUUGAAAACGAAGUCCGCGAAGGUCUCUCCUUUUCAGCUGAGGCCCACCGCCGCUCCCCAGACUGUUUCGUCCUCGAGGGAGCUUCCGCUGCCGAACGCAGAAAAGGAUUCGGGGGGAAGUGCAAGAGAAGACUCACUCCUUGGCAGCGAGGAACGGCUUUCGGCCAGUCCUCAGAAUACCUCGGCGGUUUCUGCUGGCUUCCCCAGAGAGAAUGCGGAGCCACAGGCCUCGCCGCUUGAGCCUGGAGGAGACACCACGCCGGGGCGGACCACAGGAGACACGGGCGCAAGUAGAAAGGGAGAAGACGCCGACGUUUCCCAAGCAGAAGCAGUCGCAGAGAAAAGGCAAGAAGACAAUGGAGAACAAGCUCUGACAGCAGCGAGAGUGUCUCACGGCGCUCGCGUCGCGCUGCCUUCUCCCUGUCAAGCGCUGUUGACUCCCUCGGGCGCUGAGGCUGAGGCGCAGAGUCCCUCGCGUGCGGACCAAGGCUCGCCGUUCUCAGGCGCUUCGCGUUGGUUGCGUCCUGCGUUUCCUUCACCUGCUCGGAGGAAGAAAGACAAGGAGCGGAAGGGCCGCGUGACCACCCGGCGCCGAGCCAGCAAAAACGGCUUGGCGCCGGUCUCCCAGAAUCAGCUGUUUCGGUACCGCUUUCGUCGAAAGAAAACGCGAACCAGGGGGGGCGGGUGCUCGGAGCCCGACGCGCGUGCUGCUCCGGUCGCGGACGGGGCCUCGAAGAGCAGUUCCUUCUCCGUGGGGCCGACGCGGGGCGAGGCAUCCCCUCCUGUCGCCUCGCCCCACGCGCGCUGUCCGCGGUGCGGCCGAGAUUUUCCGGCGCCCGACAGUCCCUUCGCCCAUAUUGGAGCCCAACACGGUCGCGAGCUCACUCAGGCGACGCCGCGCGAGCCAGUCGCGGCCGAACGGGUCGCGCCGCCGAUGUCGCCCGCAGAGCGCGCGAGUCACGCGCCGGCGCAUGCAGAGGGCCAGGGCCUUGGCCACCGGCUCCUCUCGCCGAAGCGACAUCGCCCGUACUUCGACCGCGUGCGCCCCGCGGGGACAAGGUGUGCACAAGACUCGGCCCUGCGGCCCGGUGGCGAGGCCCCCUUCGCCUUCGGCGGGGGGACCUUCGCGAUUCGAGACGCGCCCGGAGGGAGACAGCCCGCCAAGGGCAAGCUCGCGCGGCCUCCAAACCAUCGCAGCAGUGUAGAUCCAAAGACGCACGAAAAGCAGGGACACGCGACUCCAGUUGUCAACGGCGCUCCGGACGCCUCGCCGAGAAAAGGCCGGCACGCGCGCUCCCCUGGAAGCGAAGGCGCGAGGCCCUGCUGUGCAUGUGGGUGGCCGGGGCCUCAGGGGCCUCAGGCGGCGGCGCAGUCGGACUCCAAAGGCACCCACCGCGCCACGGAGCCCCGGGGGAGACCGCGUGCAGACCACCGUUCUCGGAGGGGACCCGAAGAAGACGUUUCUAGUUCAGACCUCAGCGUGCCUCCGGAAUUCGUGAUGGCGGAUCCGCUCUCGUUCUUCAACUCUCUCACCCACACGCCUCUCUUCACAAGUCGCAUCAAGACAAAAGUAAAGCUCGAACAAGUCUACGACGUCAGCAACCACGUUCUGGGAACAGGGAUCAGCGGCGCCGUGCGGAUCGGGCACCACCGGCAAAGCAGGCGACAGGUGGCCAUCAAGACGCUCUGUCUGUCUGCCAUGGCUCCCAAGAGGACGUUGAUGCUGUACAACGAAGUUGCGAUUUAUCUCCAGGUAGACCACCCGAACAUCUGCAAACUCCUCGAAGUUUUCGUGGACGACGGCGAGGAGAGGAAGCCUGCCGCAGAGUCUCCCCGACUUGCAGGCAACAGAGAGAGAGCCGAGAGCGCAGAAGCGAGGGGCGACUCCCGCAGUCUUGUGGGUUCGAGUCCCGUGCAUGCGGUCGGGAAAACUGGGGACGUGCGAACUCCAGUCUCUUCAGAGGGGACGCCCCUGCGAGCAGAAGACCUGAAAAGCGAAGAGCAAGACGACAGGGAAGAAAGGAAAGAAAGGCGUGGAAGCUGCAUGUCUCGGACGUCGAUUUCUUCCGACGAGAAAGGGCACAAACGAAUUCACUUGGUGAUGGAACUGUGCACCGGCAAAGAACUUUACGAUCGCCUGGCGAGAAAAAAGAGAUACAGCGAAAAAGAUGCAGGCCGCGUCACGCGACAAAUGCUCUCCGCUAUCAACUACUGCCACCAAAGACACAUUUGCCACAGGGACCUCAAACUCGAGAACUGGGUCUUUCGAGAUGACAGCGACGACGCACCCUUGAAGCUGAUUGACUUUGGUUUUAGUCGCAUUUUCCACCCCGGAGUCAGGAUGACUGCCAUGCACGGCACCGUCUACUACGUCGCGCCCGAAGUCAUGGACGGAAAAUACAACGAAAAAUGUGACCUCUGGAGUAUCGGCGUCAUCGUCUACAUGCUGCUAAGCGGCAGCCCUCCGUUUACCGGCCAUGGAGACCAAGAAAUCCUCAUCAAAAUUCGCAGAUGCAAGUACAACAUGGACGGACCUCGCUGGCGUGGCAUCUCCGAGCAAGCCAAGCAUUUUAUUGCCUCUCUUCUCAGGAGAAAUCCAGAAGAACGCCCGUCAGCUGAGGAAGCUCUGAAACAUCCGUGGCUUGUCGCCGCAGAGAAGGAGGCCCUCGCCGACACCGAAAUAGACGUGAGCGUGCUGAAGAGCAUGCAGCGCUUCGCGGCUUGCUCGGCCAUCAAACGCGCUUCUCUCGCUCUCAUUGCGAUGUCAAUGAAUGCCCAGCAACUCGACGACUUGGAGCGGCUCUUCAGGAAAAUCGACAUCGACAACAGCGGCUGCAUCAAGAUGGAUCGAAUGGUAGCAGUUCUCGUCACCUUUCUGGACGUUCCCCGAGAUGAAGCGCUUCGCAUUUUCCAGCGCAUCGAUCAGACAAGAGCGGAGGAGAUCAACUACAGCGAGUUCUUAGCUGCGACCCUGCAGACACGCAUCGCGCUCAAUCAGCAGCUCAUUCGAGAGGCCUUUGAACGAUUCGAUGUAGAUAACAGCGGCCACAUCAGCUUGGAGAACCUGCGUUACGUGCUGGGAGAUAGUUACGACAGUUUGUCUGUUGAAGAGAUUCUGCGGCAGUGCGACCGAAAACAGAACGGCGUCAUAGAGUUCGACGAGUUCAUGCUGGCUCUCACUGGAGAUGAAUCAGGUGUCCUUGAGAGUGGGAACUCGAUGGACCUUGUUGCUCAAGGCGCCGCGCUAACAGCUCAAGUGAGUCGCAACAUGAGUGAGCUGGCGGACGCUGUCCUCGCGAAGCGCUUCACAGAUUCUUCCUCUUCGUCGUCUGCGGACUUACACGGGCUGGGCGUAGAGCACGCGUGCACCCCUCCAAAUAGUUCCCGGGACGCUAGCACGAUGCCUAAAUAGCGACAUCGCGGCUACACCAUCUGGGAAGUUUAUGGCGGUGCCAGACGCUUGCAACAAUGCUAGAGAAAGUGACGAGGCAAGAAAACAGAGCGACUCGUUUGUGACAGACUCGCUUUCAACUGUCCUACCACAGAACGUGGGGGCGUAGGAGCGCAGACACACAGAACCGACCAGGGGACGAUUCUGGGUUGCUACCCAGGAAACAGAUUCAGAUUUCUUCACAAACGUUUUGGAGUGAACUCAAAAGGCGAUUGCCCACUAUGCUUCGUUCAGUAGACGGGAUCCCGGGAAACAGACACGGUCAUCACGCAGAGAGCUGAGAAGCAGGUUUUCAGAGGAGAAAGUAGAUAUGGAGCGAGAGAGGGGAACGUCGGAAAAACAAAUAGGGAAAGUUCUCCCGAUGCAGCUGAUGCCACCAUGUCGAAAAGGGCAGGUGCCGCGGCUCCCCGUUUAGAAUUUCUGUGCUGAUCCAUGUAGUAUGCAAUGGAGUUCCAGUGCGUUCCUGGUGAUUGUCUCAGUUCACGUCGUCUCCGCAAGAACAAAUGCCUUCUUCAAUCGAACGAGCCUUAUAGUGGGAGUUUUUGUGCGGUCCACUGUCCAAACAACGCUGCGGUUUGUUCACUGGCAUCUGCACUCGACGAAAGUUUUGCACCUUGCCAGAUGUCUUUGUCGCGCCCAGAGAACAUCACCGAUAUGCGCCACGAAAGUAGCGCUAUGGCGGACAAUAUCGUUAGUAAGGG